GGAGAAACAAGCUUGGCUUCGUCCCUGGAUUGAAUCCGUUUGGCAUAACCUUCUUAAAACCGUCCCAGAAGCGAAACCAAUAACGAGCGCGUCGGUGCGAGCCGUCAUUAAUCCUUUCAUUCAAGUGCCGUGUUGGAACGGACACGGACUUGGGCACGAGAACCCAGCCACAGCCCGUUCCUCUUGAGAUGACGAUGCAACCCUGCAAAGUCGAGAUAUAGCGCUGAACUGAACCUGCAUCGCCACACCGACACAGAAAACUCCACUGCAAGUGCCCUGAAACCAAAGCCGAGUCCGAUCUCUGGCUUCAGUGUCACAGCCACAUUCAAGAUUCAAGUCCGCUUCUCAACCAAAACAACUCAAUCUGUGGUGAUCUCUUGACCUACGGGCACGGUGAAUAGAGGAAAAUCAUCAGAUCCGCCUUUGAGGUAACUUCAAUGCGAUGAAAAGGAUAAGCUAGGAUCCAUGAGUCGUGGAUCUAAAUGAGACGUUUUCCCCGCCGUUGAGAAGUUUAAUGAUUCAAUUUCAUCAACGCUAGCAUCAAAACAAACCGUUCAAACUGUGUUCACAAUGGCUUCGAGAUCAGAUCCAAAUGUUCCGUUGCUCAAGACGUGCCAGACGUGUUUUCAUGCCAAGAUUCGAUGCGAGAAAUCACAGGAGUCUGGAAAAUGCGAUAGGUGUUUGCGCUUGAACAAGACAUGUGUCUUUAAUCCAUCUCGGCGACGAAAGGCUUUGAGGCCUGGGCCGUCAAGGAAUCUUGAAGCUGUGAGUCCUACAAGAUCGAGGUCACCGUCCUUGACCUCGGCCAAUGCGACUUCAGCAAAUGUCACGGAUACUUCACCUGGUGUGUCCACGACACCAGCCAGCAUUGAUACCGAAGCAUCUCACAACCCGUUCUCCAGGGGAUUAUUGCCAUUUGAGAAGGGACAAGAGUUUCUUGAUACUUUCAGAAUGCGCAUGUCGCCUCAUUUUCCGUUUGUGGUGGUUGCAGAGUCGGUAACUAUUCAGGGGUUGGUUCAAGACAAACCAACGUUGUGUGUCGCGAUACUCGCGGCAGCUUCACAUGAGGAUCUCAAGCUUCAGCAAGAAUUAGGCAAGCUCUUCAACGAAAUUGUCCUUGUCAGGAUGAUAAAAGGGCCCUUUGCAAGCCUGGAUAUGCUGCAAGGGCUGUUAGUGCAUUUGGCUUGGGCGCAUUUUCAUCAAGGAACCAUGAAGUACACCCAGCAUCUGUCACUUGCAGCAAGCAUCAUCUCAGACAUGAGACUUGAUCGGCCGAGAGUUGCAAGUCUAUGGGCUUUGAAUCGAGAGAGUAAGCAUGGGUCUGGUGAAAUGACGCACGAUGAGAUGAGAGCUUUGGCCGGGACUUAUUAUCUCUCUUCCAGUUCGGCUGUCUUGCUACAAAAAUCGCACCACUUUCGAUACUCUCCAUUUAUCCUCGAAUGCUGCCACAAGCUCUUAUCCAGGGGAACUGCUCCUUCUGACAGACAUCUUCCAUACAUCAUUUAUCUUCAGAAGCUUACCGAGGAGGUCGACGAUGCAGUGAUUGAAGCCAUAGGAGCCAUUCGAGGGUCAAGACAGGAUAAACUGCCUGCUGAGCUACAUAGAAUCAGAGAGCGAUAUACGUCGACAAAAUCAUCCUUGCCGUUUCCGCUCAGCGAGAGUCCCACAAUUCUUCUGCAAUUGCAUGUCCUUGACCUGCUUAUCUGCCAACCUUCACCGGAUGGCGUCUCAUACGGCCUAAAUGGCUUUCAAAGUCUUCAACAGGGCGCAGACCGAAGCCGUCUUCUAGACUGGCUCUCACAAAGCAUGUCUGCUGCAAAGUCCCUCAUAAGCGUGAUCCUCCUUCUCCCACAAGGUGACGAAGACACGAUGCCCAACAUCGGCUGGAUCAUGCUAUACUGUGCAGUCUCCUUAUCAGUACGACUCGAUCUUGUAGCAGCACAACCCGAAAAUGCACAAACUGCGGGCCAUCUUCGACGUAUUCUCGACAUGCCUCACACCCUUCGUCAAAUCGUCCUCCGCAUGGAAUCAGCGUCAAACUCAAACCCUGGUGACGGUGAAUCAGAUCCAUACUUUGGUCUUGCGAGAAGAGCCCGGCGUAUCGAAAGGUGGUAUCUUGAGCGAUGUGGUCCUGUCGAAUCGCCUGAAGUCGGGAGUCUUUUCGGAUCUACCGAGACGUCACCAUCAAACCCGUUCACCGCAGAUAUUGGACUCACCCCAUCGCCUUUUCAAGAUCCUGGCUUGGUGCCGAGUCUUCAAAUAACAGGUGAAUCAGAUGAUACGUGGAUGACCAACAUAUUGGCAGAUCUCGAAGUUGAUCCAGGGAUGGAAAGCUUGCUGUUCACCGGACCUUUUGACUUUCUCGGUGAGCGUCAACAAUAGCGUCGAGGAAUGGCUUUAUGUAGUUUUGUACGGAUACGGAUAAGGGGAAGCGUCGGAGUUGGUGAUGGCAAUAAAAUUAUGCCCGUUGGAUAUUUCAUUUGUGUUACAUAUUACAUCCCGUAUACCGCCGGACCAAUACCCAAACUCCGUCUAUGUCUAUGUUCAUGUACACCGUUGACUAUUUUUUACCCUUCUUUCCCGCAGCCUUUUUAUGCUUCUCUUUGCCCUUCUUGAUGGCAUCGACGAGCUCCUCGAUCUCGGCCUCCUUUUCCUUUUCAGUCUUUUCCUUGGCAUUCUUCUCAUCGGCAGCCUUUUUGGCAGCUCUCUUCUUGGCCUGGAUCUUCUCGACCUUUUCAAUUAGAGCAUCGCUCUCUUGCCACAACUUCUUGGCGACUUCUUCAUCCUUGACUUCCUUGCGCGCAAAGUCGACCUCCAUACACUCCUUGAUGAGCUUUCCACCAGGACCUCGAGCAAAGUCUCCGUCCAUGGCGGUGUAGAGGAUAGAUUGGGCGGCCAUGUGAGGAGACUUGAGGAGGAACCAGGGAACCAAGUAGCCAGUGAGAUAGAUGGCAAGUCCCCAGAGAGAUCCACGCGUCAACCAGCGACGCGUGCUGGGGGUUCGGGCAAGACCAGGGUCCACAAAGACUACUCGGGUGUUGUUGGGAGCCUUGUCGGGUCGUUCGUAGGCAUCGAGGUGCUUCUGGAAUGCUUGACCAAAGACGUUCAUGGCGAGUUUGCUGCGAGCAUAUGCCGUACCGGGACUCCAGUUGGCCGUUGAGACAGGCUCCUUGAGGGAUGGUGAUCCAAUGUAGGAUGAGCAGGUGGGAAUAAUAACUCGAACAUCUCGAUCGAUAGGCUGCGCUCGAAGAGCCGGGCUUAGAAUACCGAGUAAAUGGAAAUUAGCCAAAAAGUUGACCAUCCACGUCUCCUCAAUACCCUCCUCCGACUCCUUCCUCUUUCCACCAGGGGGAGUCAGGGCAGCAGCGCACAGAAUAAUCAUAUCCAACCGUCGAGGCGGCGCAUUAUCAAUCCACUUCGUCGCAAACGUUCGAAUACUGUAAAAGUCAGACAAAUCGACUUGUUCCGUGUAGAUCAUCUGGUUAUUCGUCCUCUGUCGCAGAUCCUGGAUAUACUCGACGAGGAACGGAUCCGACGGAGGCGCCUGUGUGAGCAGAACCAGCUGUGCGCCCUGCGAUGCGAGUCCGAGGGCCGUUUGGGCGCCUAUACCGGACGUUCCGCCGGUCAUCAUGACGACUUUGCCAUGGAGGAGACGCGGGCUGGGAUUCUUGCGGCCAGAGGUCCAGAUUUUGAGGAGGGUUAGGAGGGUGAGGGUCAGGAUGGUGUAGAUUAUCGUGCGGCUGUGCUGGCGGACUUGUUCGGGGAUGCCAUUUUCGAGGAUGCCCAGGAAGAGAACGAGAGGCAUGGCGAUGAGUUGAUGUGGUGUUGUUCAGCGCAUGUUGG